AUGGCUAAGAUCAAGAUCGGCAUCAACGGUUUCGAAAGAAUUGGGAGGUUGGUCACUAGAGUCACGCUUCAGAGCGAUCAUGUGGAGCUCGUCGCCGUCAAUGAUCUGUUCAUCACAACCGACUACAUGACAUACAUGUUUAAAUAUGAUACCGUGCAUGGACAAUGGAAGCAUCAUGAGAUAAAAGUGAAGGAUUCCAAGACCCUUCUUUUUGGAGAGAACGAAGUUACUGUCUUUGGCAUCAGAAACCCUGAGGAGAUUCCUUGGGCCGAGACUGGAGCUGAGUUCAUUGUGGAGUCGACUGGUGUCUUCACAGACAAGGACAAGGCUGCUGCUCACUUAAAGGGUGGUGCCAAGAAAGUCAUCAUUUCUGCUCCAAGCAAGGAUGCACCUAUGUUUGUGGUGGGAGUGAAUGAGCAUACAUACACAUCUGACAUCAAUAUUGUCUCCAAUGCUAGAUGCACCACCAACUGCCUUGCCCCUCUUGCAAAGGUCAUUCAUGAUAGAUUUGGAAUUGUGGAAGGUUUGAUGACGACUUUGCAUUCCAUCACUGGUAAUGAUAUGCUAGUUGCACUGUCACUGAAAUCAAAGUCCAAUAUUGUGGCCUAUGGUAUAGUUGUUCAUGUCAAUGGGGAUGAAAAAUUACUUCAUGGUGUCCCGUUACCCAUGAAUUGCAUGCGCGUCUCGAUUGAUGAGGUUGUGGAGAAUUCAGCAAGGUUGCCAUUUCCCAUUCCAAAUGAAUGUGACACCAUUGGUGACGCUAUAGGGACCCAUGUUGCUUGGCCUGCACGUUGGGUAGUGAUGAAAAAUGAGGUAAAUUUCCUACUCAAUCGGGCACCACACUGUGAGUACAUAUUUAAUUCUUCAUUGAGAAUACUUGAGGACUCGUUUUAG